ACAGGAGACGGUCGCGUUUAGGUGUGUUCUGUGUAGGGUGUGGAUUGGAUAAAACAUCAUCAUCAUAGUUGUGGAACCGAGUGGAAGACAGCAAAGAGGUGGACAGACAGACAGACUCACUCACUUGAUACCACUGAGGAAGAACUGGACUUCAUUUGAAUCAACAUUGCAGAAUCAUGGCUCCUCACAAGCCGGUGCUGAGCUCCCAGACGGGGAACCGACGGGCCCGCAGGAACCUGUUCGGCCCUGUGGACCGAGCCCAGCUGCAGGUGGAGUACCAGGCAGCGCUGCGCAAAGACCUGGACGAGGCGUCCAGACGAUGGGGCUUUGACUUCAAGUUGGACAGGCCCGUGGAGGGCAGCGACUUCCAGUGGGAGGGCAUCCCAGAAUGCGGGGUGCCACUGCUCUACAGGCCCUGCGUGCUGGCGCAGGGCCUGAGGCUGACAGGAGGGACAGGAGGGGCAGGAGGGGCAGUUCAGACCAAAGCAGCCAGGCUGGAGAAGGAGAACAUCCCUCUGACGCCAGAGAAGUGGAACCUGGAGAAAACGCCGGAGAAGGGAGACAACGCCGCGCUGAAGAGGAAACAGACGAACAUCACAGAUUUCUAUCAGGCCAAGAGACGAGUUGUGUGGAUGCCGAGGAAAUCCGGGGAGUGAUGCUCACGGAAACGCUGCCAAAGCUCCCAGGAAACCACACAGGCAGCACCCGACUCAGGACUCACAUGUUCCACUGACACAUGACCACACAGACUACAACCAUGAAUCAUGUAAACACAAAAAACCCCAGAGGGGACCUCAGCUGCUCGUCAACGCUACAGUAUACGGUAAUUAGGGUACUGUAAAGGAGGGAGCUGGCUUGUUUUUUCCCUCGCCGGUGGUAAGAUGGGGGCAUUUGAGCAGAAAAGAUUAACAGUAAUCCCUGGAAUCAGUGGAUUUAUUCUCAUUUGGAUCAAGGGCUCGCCAAAGUGCUGACUGACGCUUGCUGAGGUCGUCCAUCCCACGGCUCUUUCAUAAACCUCAGCUUCGCGGUGACGGUGCCUCUCUACGGAAACAAGAAAACCCGGAUGGAGCGAUUUGAGACGCCGCCGAGGCUAUUGGGUUCAGGAAGAAGCUGAACAGCAGGAGGAAGCACUUUGUCUCCUUUGUUCAAAUGCACUGUUGUUUUUUACUGUGUUUUCUACUUCUUGUACUUUGUAUGAAAAUACUUGAGGAGCUCUGAUAUCUUCAGCAUGCAGAAGCUUUGCUUAGACGCUAAAUGACAGAAGUGCUACUCUGCUUUCUUCCAUCCAAUCGAAUGUAUGUAAAAGUUGUCAUUUAAAAAAAAAAAAUCAAUGCUGACAAUUUAACAGAGUUAUUAGCCUCUAGAUCUUGUUUAUAUGUUGUAAUCUAACUCAGAUUGAGAGAUAAAGUUUUAUUUAGCAUCGUAGCAUUAAAUUAAAAACAUUGCAGUAUUGCACAUCCAGAGCCUUCACUGUGCCUCGGUAUUUUGAAGCUCCAUAAAGGACAAUCGGAAGAAAGCGUUCCUGGACUCAAAUGUAUUAUUUGCCAAGCUGAAGCACAUUUUUAUCAAACAAAGCGUGUUUCCUUUCUCUUUUUUUUUUUUUGUCUGACAUUUAUCUCUGUUCUGGCAAAUCCUGCUGCUAUGGAUAAUCUGAACGGGUCGCAGACAAGGGCCUGUAAUUCUAAUCCUUCACAUACUGACAGCUUUGAAAUGUCCACCGCUGCAAAUCCGAGGCAAAAAACUGCCACACACAAUGAAUGCACUUCUGUUAGUAGAUGCUUCUGCACAAACCUUAUAAAUAUAUUGUUUCUGUUAAAGAAAAGCUCCAAAAGUGUCUAUUCCUUUAUUUAUUGAAAGAUGAUGUUUCCAAGUGUCUAUUUAGAUUGUCUAAUUAUGAAUUUUCCUAGCUCAAAUAAAUGUUUCAAAUGUU